GGAACCGCAAAACGCCUCCCCUCUCUCUCUCUCUCUCUCUCUCUCAGUUCUCAUUCACUCUUUUUCUGUGUGUGAGAUUUCAAAAUCCCUAAAUCGGCAAUGGCGUCCCCGCGCGAGGAGAACGUGUACAUGGCAAAGCUUGCGGAGCAGGCCGAGCGCUACGAGGAGAUGGUCGAGUUUAUGGAGAAAGUUGUCGGCGCCGUCGACGGUGACGAGCUUUCCGUUGAGGAGCGGAACCUCCUCUCAGUCGCCUACAAGAACGUUAUCGGGGCCAGGCGCGCCUCCUGGAGAAUUAUCUCGUCGAUUGAGCAGAAGGAAGAGAGCCGGGGCAACGACAGCCACGUCUCGUCUAUCAAGACCUACAGAUCUAAGAUCGAGUCGGAGCUCUCCUCCAUCUGCGACGGCAUUCUGAAGCUCCUCGACACCAAGCUCAUCGGAUCUGCUUCCAGCGGUGAUUCUAAGGUCUUUUACUUGAAGAUGAAGGGCGAUUAUCAUCGCUAUUUGGCCGAGUUCAAAACUGGAGCGGAGCGAAAGGAAGCCGCUGAGAACACUCUUUCCGCUUACAAGUCUGCUCAGGACAUUGCUAAUGCGGAGCUGGCCCCAACUCACCCAAUUCGUCUUGGCUUGGCACUGAACUUCUCUGUCUUUUACUAUGAGAUAUUGAAUUCUCCAGACCGAGCCUGCAAUCUUGCUAAACAGGCAUUUGAUGAGGCAAUUGCUGAGCUAGACACUCUCGGCGAGGAGUCAUACAAGGACAGCACUUUGAUCAUGCAGCUUCUUCGUGAUAACCUCACUUUGUGGACUUCUGAUAUGCAGGAUGAUAAUUCUGAGGAGAUCAAGGAAGCCCCUAAGCCUGACAAUGAGCAGUAAAUUUUGCUGCUUAGAAUUUGAACUUGGUUGUUUCUUACAGUAUUCUACUUCUUGGCUUUCCAUGAAUCAAGAAUUGUUGCUUGUAGCAUCUAGUUUGUCCGAUAGUCUGCUUAUUUGAUGAACACUUGAUGUCUCUUUAUUGUUCUUAAGUGCUAUGCGGUUUCUCAUCUUUAACUUAUGUUGGGAUGGCGCAUACCGAUGCCAAAAUUUGGUUGUAAUUCAACGCUUAUUUGGUUACAAAAAGAUAUCUUCUGUGCCGUCUUUCAA